CGCCGCUCCAAUCUACAAUCGCUGCGGUUACCGCGCCGUGGAGAGUGCCCCGCGAGUUGACGUGGUUGGGGCCUAGGGUGAGGUGGGCUUUGAUGCUUCCUUUUGUUGCGGAGAUGAGGGUGAUGGUUGAGAAGAGGAAGUCGUAGAUGGGACUGGAGCCUUGCAUUCGUUGCCAGACGCCGGUGACAUGUUGUAGUUCGCUUGAGGGGGACUGUUCUAGUCCGCUCGAAGAGAACAUUGUGAGGUCGUCAAGUAAGAGAAAAAGAGAGACUGAGGGAGAAGGUAUGUGCCCGUAAGGCUGCAGGUGCCUAAAGCGAGAGGAGGGUCGUCGUAAUCAAAUCCGCACUCGCAACUAGAGAAAUGACGUGGUUGGAGUGGAAGCGAAUGAAUAUUGAAUAGGCAACCGAAGAAGCCGAACGCAUUGGUUGGCCUUGUAAAGUACAGCAGAUUCGAAAUUGCGGUGCUAUUUGUGUAGACCGUACGAGGACUGAAGUACCAGUAGUGUUGAAGGCGCAGGGAGCUUCGACGUUUCUUCCCUGCUUGGCGCUGACGCAACUUGGAGGGGUUCGAAGUUACAGGACAGGGCCAAAUGAAAGCCUGAAUUGCUGGAGAACGAGGCCUCAUCUAUAGGUACCCAACUGCGGCGCGCGCUUUUUGGACACAUUCACUACACCUCUCCUCUCCUCUCGACUUCGUUCUUCCCAAUCAUUCUCUUCACUCCACUGCUCUCUGCAGAUCCACGCACCAAAAGGGGCAGACGUCCAGUCAAGAGUACCUAAGUAUAUCCAGCAGCAAUACACCACCACCUCCUCGAAUCAUUCCUCCGCCGCCCCGCAAUCACAUCACAUCACAUACAGACCGGCCACGACGGCUUUGACGCACCCCAUCUUGUUCGGCGCAUUUGGAAUCUAUGCUAUUGGGUUAACCAACCGCCAUCAUGAACGUAAUCAAGCUUGUCAAGUACGCUUUUCCCCGCUGAGAUUUCCUUGCAUUCAGGGGCUAGACUGAUCUGUACAAUAGGAAGUACCCUCAGUUCCAGCAGGAUGAGAUCUUCGGUCUACAAGACGCUUUCCGCAAGUUGGACGUUGACGAUAAGGGAUACAUUGAUGAGGCGACCGCGAUCAAGGCUACGCAAGCCAGCGAGAGACAGCCAUACGAUGUAGUCAGACAAGCGUUGAAAGAGGUCGAUUUAGACUCUUCUAGAAGAGUAGAAUUGGAUGACUUCGUCGGAGUAAGACGGUUGAACAAUUUCACUCUUGCGCGAUAUACUAAUGUGGAUUUUUAGCUCGUUUCAAAACUUCGCGAUUCCUCUCCUGCUCAGCAGCGCAUGCAAACCGGACCAACAAGUCCGGGUCGUGGGGGAAUAGUAUCUCAGCAAACAGGGGGAGCACGAGGACAUGCUUCCAAGGGAAGUGUUGGUGGUAGUGGACGUAUUCAAGUACAAGGAUCUUCUGCCAAUGUCACUCACACAAUCAACGAAGAUGAACGAACUGAAUUUACUCGUCACAUCAAUGCGGUCCUGGCGGGAGAUCCAGAUAUUGGAUCACGGCUGCCAUUUCCCACGGAUACUUUUGAGAUGUUUGACGAAUGUAAGGACGGAUUGGUUUUGGCCAAACUUAUUAACGACAGUGUACCGGACACCAUCGAUGAACGUGUAUUGAACCGCGCCGGAAAGAAAAUCAAGAGCUUGAACGCAUUCCACAUGACUGAAAAUAACAAUAUUGUUAUCGAAUCUGCGAAGGGUAUUGGUUGCUCGGUUGUAAACAUUGGAAGUGGAGAUAUCAUUGAAGUUCGAGAACAUCUGAUUCUUGGUCUGAUUUGGCAAGUCAUCCGAAGAGGUCUGCUUGGAAAGAUCGAUAUCAAAUUGCACCCGGAACUGUACCGACUGCUGGAUGAGGAUGAGACUCUUGAACAGUUCCUUAGACUUCCUCCGGAGCAAAUUCUCCUAAGAUGGGUAAACUACCAUCUUAAGGCGGCAGGCUGGCAACGCAGGUAAGCUGCGAAAAAAAAAUAUGCACACUGAAUCUUUACUAACGAUUGGCAGAGUUGCAAACUUCUCUACAGAUGUUAAAGAUGCAGAGAAUUACACUGUUCUGCUAGCGCAAAUUGCACCAGAUCAAUGUGACCGUAGACCACUACAAACCAGAGAUGUCUUACAGCGAGCAGAGCAAGUAUUGCAAAAUGCUGACAUACUUGGAUGCCGAAAAUUCCUUACCCCAACUUCAUUGGUUGCUGGAAACCCAAAGCUCAAUCUUGCGUUCGUCGCAAAUCUGUUCAACACUCACCCAGCAUUAGAUCCAAUUACCGAGGAGGAGAAACUUCAGGUUGACGAUUUCGAUGCAGAAGGCGAGCGAGAGGCAAGAGUCUUUACUCUUUGGCUUAACAGUCUCGACGUUCAACCUCCAGUUAACUCUCUCUACGAUGAUUUACAAAAUGGUACCAUUCUUCUUCAAGCUUACGACAAGGUUAUUAAGGGAUCUGUUAAUUGGAGACAUGUUAACAAAGUUCCCACCAAUGGUUCUGAGAUGUCGAGAUUUAAAGCCGUUGAAAACACCAACUACGCCAUCGAACUGGGUAAACAAAACCGCUUCUCACUCGUCGGUGUCCAAGGCGCAGAUAUCACGGACGGUCAACGUACCUUGACACUAGGACUCGUAUGGCAACUCAUGCGCAAAGAUAUUUCAGAGACUCUUUCCGCUCUCGCCCAACGCCUGGGUAAGCGAGAAAUUUCCGAUGCAGAAAUGGUGAAAUGGGCCAACGGAAUGACCCAAAAAGCCGGCAAGAACUCUUCUAUUCGUUCCUUCAAGGAUCAAUCGAUCGGUACCGGUGUUUAUCUCCUCGAUGUUCUGGCGGGAAUGAAGAGCAGCUAUGUGGACUAUGACCUCGUUACCCCUGGAAGAACCGACGAUGAUGCGUAUAUGAAUGCGAAGCUUAGUAUCAGUAUUGCGCGUAAGAUGGGGGCUACGAUUUGGUUGGUUCCGGAGGAUAUUUGCCAGGUUAGAGGUCGGCUUGUUACUACUUUUAUUGGUAAGUUUUCGACCCUUGCUCCUACUAAGCACUUGGUACUGUGACAUGCAAAUUGGAAUUCUUGUACUAACUGUGAAUAGGUUCUUUGAUGGCGACGCACGAGAAGAUGGUAUGAAGUGGUAUGUGAGUGCGGUGGUAUUCUGUGUUCUGAGGGGUGGUUCUGAAAGCUUUUCAAUUGGUUGACGAAUGAAUGGAUUGUGGAUGGAUGGAUGGGUACGGGGACGAAAAGAAAAAUGGAGGGACUUUGUCGUUUUCUUUCCCUUUCUCUCUCUUUUUCUCUUUCUUUUGACAUAGCGAAGGCAUAAAAAGUGCUGCUGGGAUGUAGGUAUGCCAGCAAAUAAGAAUAUUUUCCAUGGUUCCUCUUUUCUCUAUCAUUCCUCUAUUCCUACAAGGCCCUAGUAUCUCUUCUUCUG